UCGGUUGCGAUUUGAUUCAGCUGCUAUUGAAACAUGGGGAGCUUUUCUUCAGUCGUUGUCGUUUUCCUGGCUUUUGUCAUUGCAAGAGGGUGUGAAGCUGCGAGUGUCACAUAUGGCGAUCUGGGCUCUUUCACGUACGGCAGUGGUUGCCACCAUGCCUGUCCAGAGAGUCCCGACGCAAUCGUGAUAAAGUAUUGGCUCUAUACUCCAGAGAAAAAUAGCGGUUACUCUAAAGAGCUACUCGACCGGUAUGAUGACAGCACCAUUCGAAAUUCAAAUUUCAAGGGUACUCGAGGCACAAAAUUCAUCAUUCACGGCUACACAGACGUAUACACCUCAGGUUGGGCUCAAGAUAUGAAGAAGGCACUCGUAGAUGAGAAUAUGAAUGUUAUAAUGGUGGACUGGCAAGAAGGGGCAGGGCGUAUCAAUUACGCACAGAGCAGAGCUAACACCAGGGUAGUUGGUCGCGAUAUUGGCAAACUCAUCGCUAGAUUGAAGGCUGUUUCCGGUGCCUCGUAUGGGAACAUGCAUAUCAUCGGCCAUAGUUUGGGGGCACAUACCGCGGGAUAUGCUGGUGAGGCCUUGAGUGGACAGGUUGGACGACUGACCGGAUUGGAUCCAGCCGGACCCGAAUUCACUGGAUGUGGAAACGAGUGUCUUAUCGAUAAAUCGGAUGCAGUCUUUGUUGAUAUCAUACACACCGAUGGAACAUUAAAUCCUCAGAUUGAAUAUCCGAUACAUGGCUGUGGACUUCUCGAUCAGCUGGGUCACCAGGAUUUUUAUCCGAACGGAGGAGAGGUCCAACCGGGCUGUGAGGCAACCAACGUGAUCCAGGCUUGUGAUCACAUGAGGGCGGUCUACCUCUUCACUGAGAGUAUCGGAUCUAACUGCUUCUCAUGCAGCAAAAAGUGCACAAGCUGGGAGAAUCAAUCCAGUUGCUCCAACUGUGGAACUUGUCCUGUGAUGGGCUAUGGCGCAUCCAAGAGUAAGGGACAAGGAGCAUUCAACCUCGACACUAGAAGCAACUCUCCCUUCUGCUAUUAAUAAGCCGGAGUGGAAUUCUUGAAAGUGCAUUAGAAAUUAGGUGGCCAUGAUUGCGAUAUUGAAAAGUCAUGUGAUUGUUAAAACUUAAAAUCUGAAAGUGUUCAAACCAUUUUCCAUCAUUUCUUAAAGAAUUUAUUAUGGAAAGGGGGAUAUUUCAAAGGGAUAAGGGCAAAUAAUGAUAACCUUAGCAUGCUUGUCGUUACAGGCGUUUAAAAUCAGUGGUAAUCUUAUUCAUUAUGACUACAUGUAUAUAAUCUUUUUACAUUGAAUACAAUAACACUGGGAGCAUUAUAAGAAAUUUUAAAAACGAAGUGAUUGCCCUGGGUCAACAAAAGCGUUCAGCAAUCUCUAUUUUAUUUGUUAUUUCUGAAAUGGUUGUAUUAAAGAAAUCAUCCAAACUAGACAUUUCCCCCUUCUCUCCAUAGAGGAAAAAAAAAGUUAUGACCCUUUUGUUUUCAUGUCAGAAAUUGUUUUAAACAGUGACACAUUUUCCCCUGCUCUAUGCUGGUCAGUCCAGAAAAAAAAAACAAAUCUGCUCUUAAUAUUUAAAAUGCAGUUUGUGGUUUAUAAAUACUUCACCAUGCAGAAAGAACGAUGAAUGUCCGGGAAAUAAAAAACAUUUAGAAAUGUUUUGAGCAGUUGAAUGUCAAUGAUAACCUGAAAUGAAGUGUUCUACGAUGACAAAAUCUAAGAAGUUAUGAUAUCAACAAUAAUGGUGAUAAUGAUAAUGUUAAUAGUUAGGAUGAUGAUCAUGAUAAUGAUGAUGUCGUACUAAACAAAAGGUGAAAUGAGUGGAAAAGGACGGAGAAAAGACAGUUAUUUUCGUUUU